AAGGAAAGAGAAAUAUUGUCACCAGUUUCCCCAUCCGGAUUCGCUGGGAGUCAGGACGAGGGAGGGAAGAGCCCCUGACGAUGUCGGUGCCGGAGGCGGGGCAAUCGGCGGGGAGGGAUGAGCAGGAGAUGGACGAUUACGAGCAGCACCAGACCAGAGUGCUCAUGGCGCUGAUGCAGGGCUUAUGCGCUGCGAGGUACCGCAAGGCCGACAACACCCCCUGCCUCGUCGACCAGGGCCUCUACUUGGGUUCUGUUGGAGCAGCACUGAACAACGAGGCUCUGAAGAGCUUGAACAUCACCCACAUCUUGGUUGUUGCCAGAUCACUGAAUCCUGCCUUUCCAGCAGAAUUUACGUACAAGAAGAUCGAGGUACUUGACAGCCCAGACACUGAUUUGGGAAAGCAUUUCAGUGAAUGCUUUACUUUCAUAGAUGAGGGUAUCUGCACUGGUGGCAAUGUGUUGGUUCACUGCUUUGCAGUGUCACAGUUGUUCUUGCAUAUCUUAUGAAGAAGCAUCAGAUGAACCUGCAAAGUGCCAUGUCACUAGUUAGAAGCAAACGACCUCAAAUAGCACCCAAUGCGGGCUUUAUGUCCCAGCUGGUGAACUUCGAGAAGUCUCUGCAAGGUAAAAUAUAAAUAUCUCUUGUUUACGACAGCAGUAUGUAAGUUUGAUUUGUAUCUGAAGGAAGAGACAUAUGCCCUACUUUUUCAUAUCAAUAGCCUAGUUUUCCAAGUAACAACAACUUAGUAUUACGGCUGUCAAUUCCUUCAUAGUUUUUUGUGUCUAUUUCAUUGGAUCCCAACCUCUGUAUUUGACUACAAGUGUAUAUUCAAAUCUUUAGGGCUUGUUUUGACCAGAAGGAAUGUACUAAAUCCUUUGGAGUCCCAGGGAAACUGUGGCAAGUCCUUGCCAAUAUGUAAUAGUUCCCACAUAGCCAGCCAAGCAGCCCUUAAUGGGGUUCCUAAUAUUUUGUCCCUGUAUGAUUGCUUAUAGUGAAGCUAUAUUUUCUGUGGAAACAUAUGUGCUGUAAGGUUUUCUCCCGAACCAGCCUGAUCAAGGAGGAGGACAGUUGCAAGCAAGGCUGCACAUAUAAGCUGAUCAAACUCUCCUUUUGUUGCUAACCCAAACUUUGGCAGCAUAGAAGGUUUAGUAUUAUUUUUCCGUUACUGCCUGGAGAUAUUUGCCAUGUCGGGAAGUAUGCUAUUUUGCUUGUUGACACAGCAUUUUCCUAGCAACAUGGCUUGAAGAAAAGCGCUCUGGAACCUUGUUAAGUUUGCUAACGUUAGAGUUUCCCUUUUUUGUAUCCACAUCUCUUCUUCCUUAACUCUCAGCCUUAGUCACUGUCAGUUACUACCUUUGAUGAUAAACUAGUAUUUUGGUGAGAUGCAUGGAUCCAUGGGAGGACUUCGUAAAGAGAGACUUGAAGGGGACUGGAAUAUCACCAAAGAACUAGCCAUGGACAGGGAUGUGUGGAAGUUAGCUAUCCAUGUGGCAGAACCAUGAUUAGGUUUCAAGAUCUUACGGGUUUCAAUUCUAGCCUACCCCAACUUGUUUGGGACUGAAAGGCUUUGUUGUUGUGCAUGGACCCAAGUAUAAGAUGUCACUGGUACCAUGACUCAUUUGUAUUAAACGUAUUCACUAAGUUUUCACUCAUGAUCUUUUAGUUCAUGCCCGGUUCUUGGUUUAUCAGAGGCUUAACCACAGUCGAAGUAUCUCACAUGCCAAACUUCUGUCGGUGUGCAGUGGAGCAGGGAAGAAGAAUGUUGCAAUCAAACUAACUAUAGGUGUAAAUAUCGAGAACCCGCUGUCAAUAGCUUCUGUACUGCAUGUUAUCGCAUCCAUAAAUCAAACAAGGCCGUUGUGACUGGUAUGAUUUCUGGUCAUCUUAUUAUGCUCCUAAUUGAUGAUGUGAUGUUCAAGGGUAAUUGUUAGCCCACAGAAUCAGCUCUACAAGAAUGCAGAUGAUACAGCAGUCUCCCCUGUAAUAAAUGUUCCCUGUAAUGCUAAUGACACCUUUGCCCUCUUUGUUUAGGGCAUGUUUGAAUCACGGGAAAUUUUCCCGUUGACAGUGGUAAA